AAUUCUCGCCCAUAAACCCUACCGUUCUUACACCUAUAUCUUCUUCUCCUGUUCUCCAAACCCUAAACUCACUUUCCUCCUUUGGCUGUGGCCGCAGCAUCAUCUUGACGGUGAAACCUCUGCUAUCCCUUCGAGCAAAUGGCACCCAAGAAGGAUAAGGCUCCUCCUCCGUCUUCUAAGCCAGCCAAAUCUGGUGGAGGGAAGCAGAAGAAGAAGAAAUGGAGCAAGGGAAAGCAAAAGGAGAAGGUGAACAACAUGGUUUUGUUCGAUCAAGCCACCUAUGACAAGCUUCUUUCUGAGGUUCCCAAGUACAAGCUUGUCACUCCUUCAAUCUUGUCUGACAGAUUGAGAAUAAAUGGAUCUCUAGCACGUCGUGCAAUCAAGGAUCUGAUGGCAAGAGGUGCUAUCAGGAUGAUUUCUGCUCAUGCUAGCCAGCAGAUUUACACUAGAGCCACCAAUACCUAGGAGGAAAUGAAUUAGUCUACAUUUGUUUUUAACUCAUAGGAUGUUUAUCUUGUUCCAAAAUGUCAACUUUAUCUUUGUUCUGUCAUUUUUAUUACGUGUGACCUUUCCAUAUUGUUUAUUGUGAAUGCUAUUUUUUUUUUCCCUGCUAA